UGGGAUCGUUGUGAUGGUGGCAGGAAUUGUGGCGAAGGGAUCGGUUGCACGAAGGCGACGACACCGAAUCCCCCGUCACGAGGUGGACUCGAACUUCACACGACAAGACGUACCUACUCGGUUGGACUGCUUCGUUGUGGCCGUCUGUGGCUGACCUGUUUGCACGUUCACAGUUCGAGUCCCGCGGAGGUUGGGCUUGGAUUGAGUGUGUUGGUGUG